AAAACUUUAGUUUGCCUGGAGAUUCUGGAGCUCUAGAGGACGCAACUGACAUGCUUCUCCUCCCUCUCUCCGUGCUGAUCCUGCUCACACAGCCCCCGAGGUCACUGGGAGCAGAAAUGAAGACCUAUUCCCAGAGAGCAGUGGCCAACGCCUGCGCCCUGGUCAUGUGUAGCCCCAUGGAGAAUGGCCUGCCUGGUCGUGAUGGUCGGGAUGGGAGAGAGGGCCCUCGGGGCGAGAAGGGGGAUCCAGGUUUGCCAGGAGCUGUAGGGCGAGCGGGGAUGCCUGGACUGGCUGGCCCAGUUGGGCCCAAAGGGGACAGUGGCUCUACUGGAGAACCCGGAGCAAAGGGAGACAUUGGACCAUGCGGGCCUCCAGGACCUCCAGGUAUACCUGGUCCAGCCGGAAAAGAGGGUCCCCCAGGGCAGCAGGGGAACAUAGGACCUCCAGGCACACCAGGCCCCAAAGGAGAGACUGGGCCCAAAGGAGAAGUGGGUGCCCUGGGCAUGCAGGGCUCUACAGGGGCAAGAGGCCCUGCAGGUCUUAAAGGAGAGAGAGGUGCCCCCGGUGAGCGUGGAGCCCCCGGAAGUGCUGGGGCAGCAGGGCCUGCUGGAGCCACGGGCCCUCAGGGCCCUUCAGGUGCCAGGGGUCCCCCAGGACUGAAAGGGGACAGAGGUCCUCCUGGAGAAAGAGGAGCAAAGGGAGAGAGUGGACUCCCAGGCAUCACUGCUCUGAGGCAACAGGUGGAGACCUUACAGGGGCAGGUACAACGCCUCCAGAAGGCCUUCUCUCAGUAUAAGAAAGUGGAGCUCUUCCCCAAUGGCCGAGGUGUCGGGGAGAAGAUCUUCAAGACGGGAGGCUUUGAAAAGACUUUUCAGGAUGCGCAGCAGGUAUGCACACAGGCCGGGGGACAGAUGGCCUCCCCACGCUCUGAGACUGAGAACGAGGCCUUGAGCCAGCUGGUCACAGCUCAGAACAAGGCUGCUUUCCUGAGCAUGACUGACAUCGAGACGGAGGGCAAUUUCACCUACCCCACGGGGGAGCCCCUGGUCUAUGCCAACUGGGCCCCUGGGGAGCCCAACAACAAUGGCGGCAGCAGCGGAGCAGAGAACUGUGUGGAGAUCUUUCCCAAUGGCAAAUGGAAUGACAAGGCCUGCGGAGAACUGCGCCUCGUGAUCUGCGAGUUCUGAGCCCCUGGGGAGGGAGGGGCGGUGUCCAGAGCUGUGUGCUACCAACGUCCCAAUAAAUAGGUGACCUUCUGCUGGCCAGGGCUUCUCCACAGAGCCGUGGGACGAGGCCAGAAGGUAGGGAGCCUAUGGAACGCCUCCCUCAGAAUAAAGUACGAAACUAGCCUCACA